AUGACAAUGGAAAUAGGAAGUAGCAAUAUUGAAAUCUUGGUUUUGGUUUGGUUUAAAUCUCCCACCCUAAAUCCCCAACCCAUUUAUUUCAAAAAUCAGAAAAAGAACUGUUGCCUCUCUCUCUCUCUCUCUCUCUCUCUCUCUUCUUUCAUCAAAAGACCGACUCUUCCUCUUCUCUCUUUCUUCAGCGAAUUGCUGCUUUCUCCAACACUUUUCCUCUUCUCUCUUUCUCUGGUGCUCUUAUCUCUUUCAUCACUUCGUGGUGCUUCUUCUUUGUUGUUUUCUCCUCUCUCAGAAAAAAAUGGCUCCACCCAAAAGAAAAGAUCAGAAAUCAACUAUGCAUCAAGUAGAGAGAUAGAAAUCAAUUACUGCAUUGAGCACCUGCUUGCCGACACUAGUGUGACAAUUCCCAACACUCUAAUGAACGACAACUUACUGGGAAUGGGCUGUGGGUGUGAUUGAUAAGAUGCUGGAGGACUAAAGUGGGCUUGUGAACUGUUUUUUUAAAUUAUGUUGUUUGGGGUCGUAAGACAAUUAUGUUUAAUUUGUCCUUUUUGGAGCCCUAAGGGGGGCUGACGAUCAAUUAUUUAUAAAUUUGUAUUUUAUGUUCUUGGUGG